CCACCUCACCACACUACACGUUCUUACAGUCUUCUUCCUGAUCUCAUCAGUGGAGAGCUAGAGUUACACUGCAACCAAGGAAGUGCAAUGUCGAUGGUCACAUCCUGCACCCUUCUGAGGAAUGUGACGGCAGUGCGGCCGGCAGUCUCCUCCGGCAAGCAGCUUCAGUCCGGGAGACCAGCAGCGGUGGCUUCCCUUUCUUCCCAGUGGAGGUCCCGGCCCCUUUCCGUGUGUUGUGCAAUCAACCCAAAAGGGGAGCACAACCCAAAGACGGAUUUGCAUCCGUUUAAUAUCCCUGCAUUUGUUCUGGUGCACCCGGUGUCACCGCGUGAGGAACGGUGGCAGGUGGAGGAGGAGCCCGGCAAGGUGAACCUGUGGUUCGAGGUGCCCGGGCAGUCCAAGGAGGACCUCGCCGUGGUGAUCGACGAGGACGUGCUCGUUAUCAAGAAGAAGGUCAAUGUCGCCGGCGGGGACGUGGGCCAGCGGAACGGCGCCGCCGCGCCCCAGGGCAAUAGAAGGGGCCCGGCGGCCACCGGCGAAGAAGCAGGCAAGGAGGCGGCGCAGGACGGCGAGGUGAUCUACGCGCGGCUACUCCUCCCGGCGGGGUACAACAAGGAGGGAGUGGAGGCCGAGCUCAAGUCGGGCGAGCUGAGGGUCAGCAUCGCCAAGAUCAAGGAGCAGGCGCGCAGGAAGAUCAACAUCGACGUCAAGUAGAAGCGUGAAACAUGCAUGGAGGAGUGCUUUUGAUCCGCCAAACAGGCUCAUGAAUUAAUUACUGUAUAUGUACAGCGGUCGGCUCAUGUACUCGAUCGCGUCAAACCAUACGUUCGUGUGGUCUUUGUGUUCCCAAAUACCCAAUCAAUAAAAUGAGCAUUUGUUGUUCUUUACGCAAA